AUAACACACACAUUUUUUACUUGCUUCUCAAAACAUUACCUGCUUCCAUGCUCCAUUUCUACACAACCAGAAAAGAGAACCUUCUACAAUCACCUUUUUUUCUUCUUAAUUUCUUAUCUACUUUAAAGAAGAAUCAUAAUUGAGUAUAGAGAGGUACAUAGAUUGAUUGGCGAUGGAGGUUAGUAAAAGAAGAAGUAAUGGAGGCAGUAGAAAUGUAGUUGCAGGUUCUGUAUGGGAAAGUAGAAUGAAAAUGGAUCAAGUUAAAGGUGGAAUUAAAGUCUUUAAUGGUGAUCAUGAUCAAAAUUCUGAACAAGUUAAUAACAAUGAAAGUUGUACACAAAAUCAAAGUGGUAUUGUAAGGGAACAGAGAAGGAAGACAUGGAAUAGUGAACCAGUUAUUGACCCAAUUUUGAUAAGAAAGACAAUAGUAAGAUCUGAUGAAUUUUCUGAGGAGUUUCUUGAUUCUUCUAAUGAUGAUGGAUUUGAAGAGACGCCAAUUUUGAUAACAAAGAAUAAAAGAUCUGAUGAAGAUGAAGAUGCGUCCAAUCCUGUAAUUCUUGAGAAAAACCCAAUUCCAACACGGAAGAGUAGAUUACAUUCUCAUAAAAUUGGUGGGUAUGAAAUUAAUGGCGAUGGUGAUAAGGAUCAACUUGUAGUGGUAAAGGAGGAGAUUAAAGUAAGUAACAAGAAAAACAACUUGGAUGUCAAAGAAGUGAAAUCAACAGAACUGAUAAAACCCAAAAAGAAUUUGGUUUCAAAGGAAAAGAUUAAUUGUCAAAUUCCUAAAACAUCAAUACACACAAGAGAAACCACAGUCUUGAAUCAUCCAACUCUCACAAAAGUAUCUCCAGUGAAAGUUCAAGAAAAGCUCCAAGGAUUAGCAGAAACUCAGAAUAAAUAUCAAAGCAUUGUGGAUAUAGUUAUGUGGAGAGACAUAAAAAUAUCAUCAUUAGUAUUUGGAAUUGGGAACCUCAUUCUUCUUUCACACAUAGUAACCAAAGAUAUCAAUUUCAGUUUUAUUUCUGCCAUUUCGUACACGAGCCUUAUCUGCAUUGCUGUAAUUUUUCUAUACAAAGCUAUACUAAACAGGGAACCUAUAAACUUAGAUGAUUCAAAUAUAAUACAUUCAGUGGGAGAAGAAGAAGUAGUUUGUUUGGUGAAAGUGGUUCUUCCAUGGAUAAAUAAAUUUAUCUUAGAGUUUAGGCAUCUCUUAUCCGGUGACCCUGCCACUACAAUGAAGUUUGCAGUAUCACUGUUCAUUCUGGCACGCUUGGGGAGCUUCAUAACAGUGUGGAGGGUCACUAUGUUGGCUUUCCUCGGAGUUUUCAGUCUGCCAAAAUUUUAUUCUACAUAUUCAAGGCAGUUAAUGGAAGAAGGUAUAUUGUGGUUGAGCCAGUGCAGGAACGUCUGGAAUUCCAACACUUAUACGAAAGUCAUAGCUGUUGUCGUUUUGACCCUGGUGUGGAUUUCAUCCUCAACAGUAGCACGAGUUUGGGAAGUGUUCAUGUCGAUAAUAUCUAUAAGAUAUUACCAGGAGACCUUAAUACAAGCGACUGAGACUGGGAGUGGAGGGAAUAUGCUAGAAGGAGACUGUAUACCUAAUGAAUCCCAAAUAGGCAAAGAAGAAACAGUAAUGGAAUCUGAUUGGCGGGCGUUCUUUAGUUAAAACCCUUGAAAAACUAAGAAUUUGAUGAAAUUAUUGUAAAAAGAAAACGCAACAAAAAAAAAAGUUGUAUAAAUGACGGGUAAUUUUUAUUCAACUAAGAAUCUGAUUGGCGGGCGUUUUUUUGAAGCAUAA